CGCUCCCGGGAAUAGUAACGACCCUCCCGCGCGAGCUAUAGACACUGGCGCGAGACCAAUACACAGAGAAGAUGCGCGGCAAUCCUCUAUAAACGAUCGUUUAGGACGUUAUUCACCGGCUGUGAACGUGAACUCCUCUGGUCUCGUAUGGUAAGGAGACGGCAGUGAUCAUAUCCGUUUAUAUUGGCGAGGUGAUGAAUUAAGAAGCGGAGCUCAACUCUGUCGUCUUAGUACCCUGCCCAGUUCAAGUUGCGUGUGCGGUGUCUGUGUGCAGCUUCGCCAGAGUAAGUCUUUUAGGAUGCCGUCAUGGAACAAUAUGUGCGACUUUACUGCAAGCUGUUGGUGUCUACCUCCCAGUAGAGGGUAAGCGUGAAUACCCGUUGUCGUUUAGAGACCUGAUGCUUUUGUGUCGUUUUAACUUGUAGUUCUUUUAUUUUGGCCCCUCGCCUUGAAUUUGAGGAAAGUGCAAAGGUGAUUUGGUGAUAUCCAUAUAACACGGAUCUGCUUCAGGUCUGACAGUGAUGCAAACGCCUUUAAUACAAGCAGAGAGUUUUAAUCGACUGGCGAAGCGCGACUGGAUUUUACACUGUUGCACUGGAAGCUGACAGAAUAAUAGGACGUCUUUGUUGGCGAACAUUGGCAAUCUGGCAAGAGGAUAAAAGACAACGCUGAUCUGGGUGUCGUGACACUAUCCCAAUACAACCAUGGCAAAUGACUCCAUCCAAAGUGAUCCCGGUGGGCUGUCUGUUCUAGAGCAGCUGGGAUUGGACCACAGCUCGGAUUUCUCCGACUCUAGUGUUCAGCAGCGAUUGGAUGAACAGCGAGAACGUAUCCGUAGAGAAAUCCGGAAGGAGCUGAAAAUUAAAGAGGGAGCAGAUAAUCUCCGCAGAGCCACUACAGAUAAACGCAAUGUCCAGCAAGUGGAGAGUCAGUUACGGAGCUCUAACCGACGCCUGGACUCACUCCACGCUCAGCUACAGGAACUGGAUGCUCACAUUGUUGUCAAAGGGACGGAUGAUUCACGUGAUGAAGCUCCUCAUUCUCCAGGCACAGAGAGCCGGUCUUCGGCGCAUAACGAGAGAGUCGCUGCGCUGGAAAGACAGCUAAACAUUGAACUAAAAGUGAAACAAGGUGCUGAAAAUAUGAUCCCCAUCUAUGCCAAUGGCUCCACCAAGGAUAAGAAGAUGUUGCAGACUGCACAGCAGAUGCUGCAGGACAGCAAGACAAAGAUUGACAUCAUCCGCAUGCAGAUUCGUAAAGCUGUACAGGCUUAUGAACACAACGAUGAUUCACAGGGAAAGCUUGACCCAUGUGGUAUGGAGCUCCGGAUUGAAGAGCUCAGGCAUCAUUACCGCGUAGAGCAUGCUGUCGCUGAAGGAGCUAAAAAUGUCCUUAGACUGCUGGGAGCCAGUAAAGUACAGGACAAGAAGGCCAUGUCAGAGGCUCAGUGUCGUCUGAGUGAGUCUUCUCAGAGGUUGGAUCUGUUAAGAGAUUCAUUAGACCGACGGUUAGCAGAACUUCCUGAAGAUCAUCCCAAAGCAUCUCUGAUUAAAGAGGAGCUGGCGUUAGCCUCAUCACCUGCAUUCAGCUCCCGCCAUGGCGCCCCCUACCAGCACAACCAGUACAGCACCCUCUGCAAACCUUCUCCCCUCACUGGCACACUUCAGGUGACAUUGCUGGGCUGCAUGGGUGUGCUAGAAGUGGUUCCCGGCCGUUCCCGUGGCAGCCAGGUAGUGUUGCCAUGUUACAGUCCUGGAGAGGGGCGGUCCUUCAUGCGGAGUGGAAAAGGCUUGUACAGUCGCAGUGGCAGUGUUAGUGGAAAAACACCCCCCAAAACAGAUGAGCUCUCCUCGGAGGUGAGCGCAGUACUGAAGCUGGAUAACUCAGUCGUGGGUCAGACAGCAUGGAAGAUGGUUGGAGAACAGGGCUGGGAUCAGACCUUCACUGUAGAUCUGGAGAGAUCCAGAGAGAUGGAGAUCGCAGUAUACUGGAAAGACUACCGCUCUUUGUGUGCCUUGAAAUUUCUAAAGCUGGAGGAUUUUCUAGACAACCAGAAACACAGAGUCCAGCUCGAGCUAGAACCACAGGGUCUGCUGUUGGCAGAGGUCACAUUCUUUAACCCUGUGAUCGAGAGGGUUCCACGACUAAAACGACAGAAGAAAGUUUUCUCCAAGCAACAGGGGAAAGCAUUCUUGCGAGCUCGUCAGAUGAAUGUUGAUAUCGGCACAUGGGUGAGAUUACUGAGGAAUGCCAUACCAACUGUCAACAACACAGGAACCUACAGCCCUCAUGCACACACUGUACAGACUGGAGAUAUAUCAGUGGAGAAAUUGAGCUUAGACGGUGACACACCCAUGAAGGUGGAAAUCUGGCAAGAUGUGACAGACACACUCACACCGGAACAACAACCGGUCACUGAGCCCAUCUCUCCUCCUGACCUCACCACUCCUGAACGACCAAACAGAACACAAUCACUAAGCAGUAAGCAAAAAAAGACUCCUUUGAGUCUGCAGGAUUUCAGGCUAAUUGCUGUUCUUGGUAGAGGCCAUUUUGGAAAGGUGCUGUUGGCAGAAUAUAAGAAGUCAGGCAGUAUGUAUGCAAUUAAAGCGCUGAAAAAAGGAGACAUUGUGGCCAGAGAUGAAGUAGAAAGUUUGAUGUGUGAGAAGCGGAUUUUCGAGACGGUGAACAGCACGCAGCAUCCUUUUCUCGUGAACCUGUUUGCAUGUUUCCAGACUCCAGAACACGUGUGUUUUGUCAUGGAGUACACGGCAGGCGGCGACCUUAUGAUGCACAUACACGCAGAGGUCUUCACUGAGCCACGGGCUGUGUUCUAUGCUGCUUGCGUGGUUUUAGGACUUCAGUUUUUACACGACAACAAGAUUGUGUACAGAGAUCUGAAGUUGGACAACUUGCUGCUCGACACAGAUGGUUAUGUGAAGAUUGCUGACUUUGGAUUGUGUAAAGAAGGUAUGGGUUAUGGAGACCGGACCAGUACGUUUUGUGGAACUCCAGAGUUUCUGGCUCCAGAGGUGCUAACAGACACAUCGUAUACACGAGCAGUGGACUGGUGGGGUCUUGGAGUGCUUAUAUAUGAGAUGCUGGUGGGAGAGUCCCCAUUUCCAGGUGAUGAUGAAGAGGAAGUUUUUGACAGCAUAGUGAAUGAUGAAGUUCGAUAUCCACGUUUCCUUUCUUCUGAGGCCAUUGGCAUCAUGAGGAGGUUACUAAGGAGAAAUCCAGAGAGACGACUGGGCUCCAGUGAGAAGGAUGCAGAGGAUGUAAAGAAACAACCAUUUUUCAGGAAUAUGGACUGGGAGGCUCUUCUCCUUCGUAAACUCCCUCCACCCUUCCUUCCAUCUAUCCGUGGAAAAGAGGACAUCAGUAACUUUGAUGAAGAAUUCACAACAGAGGCUCCGAAUCUCACUCCACCCCGUGAACCCCGGGUGCUCACGCGCAAGGAUCAGGACAGCUUUCAUGACUUUGACUACGUCUCUGACCUAUGCUGAGAGUGUAAUCACUGUGAUGGUGCCGUAGAGAGAGAUUUCUGCUCUGUGACUCAGUGACUGUGAAGAGAAUAGCGUCCAAUCUAGGUUUUGUGUGUGAAUUCUGAAUGUGCUGGACCUGUGAACACUGUGAUGGUCAAGAGAGCUUGAGAGAGGGCUGGAAAAGACAUCAAGAAGCUAAGGAUUGGAUUAGAAAGAGAAAAGAGGAUUGAUGUUUAAGCAUAAACCUUUAGAUCAAAAAUGUUUUAAGAUCAUGGAAGCAGUUAAGUGUAUCCAAACUUUUGACUAGUAGUGUACUUGUUCUUUCAUUCUCACAGUAGUGAUAGAAAUGGUCUCAGUGAAAGGGGUAGUUAACCCAAAAAUGUGUGGGGAAAACAAGAUUAGGCUAACAUUCUGCUGGACAUCUUUUGUGUUCCACGGAAGAAAGAAAGUCAAGGUAAUUUUGAUGACCAACUGGCAACAACUAAAAAAAAAAAUCUUUCUUCAUCCACACUUACCUUUCUCUGCAUUUAAAUAGGACCUACUGUUACUCUGAAUUAUCUUCAUUGGCCUGAUUUGGACCAGGAACCCAAAGGAACUUGGGUUAAGAGACUCAUUUCUGCAUACACUGUGACAUCAAAAGGAAGACGAGAGUUACACUAAGAGCGGAGCUUAUUUAAAUAGACCAAUUUAUGUUUGAACCUUUGAAUGUGUACUUGCUCUUGGGGUAUUCAGUGGUCGAGGAGUAAACAACCUAUUAAGAUCCAUUAGCUUUGGGUUUGUCCUGCCAAAAUGCAUCUUUAAAUUCAUCAUCUUUUAAAUGUCAUGUGUGUAAGUCGAGCAUAUUGAACUCAAUGAAAACAGUCUAAUGAACAGCUUGGUCUCCACUUAUUAAGUGCACUUUCUUGUGGAAAUAUUAGAAAAACAAGUGAUCCUCUCAUAUAAAAAUUGGGUUAAAAAUAUGUAUUUUAUGCUGUUAAUCAUUUGACUUCACUGAGGGAGCCAAACAGCAGAAAACUUUCAUCUAGAUUGGAACUGAACAUUAAAAAAUAUCAGUGAAGAGAGAUCUUUUUCCAAACUCUUUGAAAUACAUUUUGAGGUUCUGAUGGCCUGUUUCUCUUUGUAUUUCAGGGUGAGAACAGCUCUUGCUGCACUAAACCUUAAAGGGAUCGUUCACCCAAAAAUGAAAAUUAUCUAAUUGUUUACUCAACCUCAUGCCAUCCCAGGUGUGAAUGACUAACUUUCUUCUGCUGAACACAAACAGAAGAUUUUAGAAGAAUAUGUCAUCUCUGUAGGUUCAUUACAAUUCAAGUGAAUGGUGAUCAGGUCUUUGAAGCUCCAAAAAGGAGAUAAAGUCAGCAUCAAAUCAGAAUUGCUUCAGAAGACAUUGAUUUAGACAUUUAGAUUAUGUAUAUUCUGACUUUAUCUCCAUUUUGGAGCUUCAAAGUUCUGGUCACCAUCACUUGCAUUGUAUGGACCUACAGAGCUGAGAUAUUCUUCUAAAAAUCUUUGUGUGUGUGUUCAGUAGAAGAAAGAAAGUCAUUCACAUCUGGGAUGGCAUGAGGUUGAGUAAAUUAUGAGAGAAUUUUAUCCUGAGCUAUCCCUUUAAGGUUUAGUGCAGCAAGAUCUGUUCUAACCCUGAAAUGCAAAGAGAAACAGGCCAUCAGAACCUCAAAAUUAACUAUUACAAAACGAUUUCUUUAAGUGGGGAAAUUAGUAUUUACCUUUUAUUUAUAGGUUUUUCACAAAAGCAUAUGUAAAACUGGCACAUGCUUAUCAAGACUGUCAAGAAAUUACAGGUCAGAUUGAUUCAGAGGUAACGUGAGAUCCGUGUAAACUCGAUGAUCAUUUGAAUGUGUGUGUUGUAUUGAAGCAAAUGAGGAAGAAUGUGUUUGGUUGAAUAUUUUCAUUUAUUUCACAAGCUCCAAUAAUUGCUUUUUAUUUUUUGUCAUCACUGAAAUUGCAUGAGGAAAAAUUGUUAGAUGCCUUGGUAAAAUUGACCAAACAGGGAUAAAACCACUUCUCUUUGAAAGACUCCGUGGCCUCAAAUAGCAGAUAGUGUAUGAUGGUUUGUCUCUAUUUUAUAUAUAUAUUAUUUAAAUACAUUUUGAUAUUAUUUGUUAGAUUUACUUUCUGUUUGUUUUAGCCUUGAUGUGCAUGAACGACGACUAGUGACUGUUACAGCAAAGAAAUGGACGUGUUCUGGUUUCACACCCUUCAUUACCUCAGAGCUGUUUUGAUGCAUUUGAAACCUAAGUUUGUGAAGUUCAUAUUGGUUAGUACAAUACACCAGAAACAGACCAUGCCAUAUCUGUUUAUAUUGUUUUUUUAAGGAUUUUGAUUUGACAAACAUGGAUCAAGCGGAACUUAUUGUUUUUUUAUUAUUUUUUAUGUGUAGCAGAACUGCAGCCCCAACACAUUCUCUAUAACACACACACUAUUUGCAGUUGAAGAAUUCUUAUAUGCUUUAAGACUAAUCUGAUCUUAAUUUCCUUUAAAAUGCCCUUGGAUGUGUUUGACUGCAGAAUAAAUGUAUGUCCUGUACAAUUAUACAAUCCAUCAAACUUAUUACAGGAAUUGUAUUUAUAAAGCUGUUGUUG